AUGUCUUCGAGUCAAACCCGGUUCGAAGCGAUUCAGAAUAGGUCUGACACCAUUGUGGUACCCAUGAAUCAGGCUGGCCAUUGUACCUGGGAUCGAAGACGCUACCUAGCGACGCAACAGCUUAAUGGCUGUACUGCCCUCGCUCUAGUAUCAUCCGAAGCUGGUAUACUGGUCCACAUUGCACCGAUCAAUCCGAAUCUGCAUGGGAAAGAUGCUCCAGGAAAUGCAGAGCUCGAUAACGCCCGUGGCUUGUUGCAGCAAGUCAUAACGGUGUACAAUACGUACACAAGAAUGGGCGUGUUUCCAGACCCAAGCGCUAUCACUGUACUGGCCAUACACGAAGGUCGAGUGGCUGUGCCCGUGCAUAUAAAGCUCAUCCAAGGCAUCCUGACCCACCUAAGCAUACCAAGCACGGUCCAUCAAUAUGGCACGAAGCAGGGAGGCGAAGCUCGAUCAGAGAGUGAUAACUCGGUGGUCGUCGAAGGCGAAAAGGGAAGGCCACCCAAGUUAUACAUCAAUGGUAACGAGCUCAAGAUACCUGCUCGAUCAGCCACCGCAUUAGCACCUGAUACAGUACCGGCCGUCGGCAGAGCAGUGCAAGUACGCUCGGUUCCCGUGGCAGAUAGCCCUGCCACGCAGAGUAUGCAGGAUUCGCGGCAGACUCAGCAACACAUUGCUGCAUUGAUGAGGCUCUACUCCCAAGUGGGUUAUAGUGAGCAACAUGCACGUGGACUCGUCGAGACUCGGGCGCAGCAAGCGGCCAAUACGCAUCAAUUGUCUCGAGCAGAGGCAAUAAAGCAAUUGUACGAAUAUUCGCUGGCGCAAAGCAGGUAG